UUUAUUAUAUAUUUCUCAAUUUUUAUUUUUCCAUUCCUUAUAGGUAUAAACAAUGUAUUCAGGAAUAAGCAAAAAAGAAAGAAUAAUUGAUACAAAGUGCAAAAAAGUUCUUAGGAGGGGAGCAAUCUUGUCCAGAGUUCAGAGUUCAUUUUCCCCCUUUCUCCUUAUUCCCUUUUUUUACAUGUGUAAUCGUUAUUAUUAAAAAAAAAAGAAAAGAAUAUUUAAUACAAUGUUACGAAAUAAUUAAAUGCCUCAUUGGAUCGUUCGAAAUCUUUGGAUGUGAGAGAAAGAUGAAUCAUAUUUGAAGAGUUUAUAAUUGCUGUCAGCUGUCAUGGCUUUAAAAUUUGCCAGUAACCUAUCUUUUAUGUUUACUGAGGUUCCUAGUAUUAUUGAUCGAUAUCAACUGGCAAAACAAGCUGGAUUUAAAGCAGUUGAAAGUGGAUUUCCGUUUGGUUUUUCUGUUCAACAAGUUGCCACAGCCAAAAAAAAAGCUAACAUUGAUCAAGUACUUUUGAAUGUAUUCACAGGUGAUGUUACAAAAGGAGAAUUAGGCUUUGCUGCAAUUCCAGGUGAAGAAGAAAAUUUCAAGAAAAGCAUCGAGAAAACAAUAGAAUAUGCAAAGGCUUUGGAUUGUAAAAUGAUUCAUGUAAUGUCAGGAAAAGUGGAAGCUCCUACUAUUGCUAAUGAUAUAGUUUAUGAAAAAAAUCUAUUGUAUGCCAUUGAAAAAUGUCAAAAGGAAGACAUUGUUGUCGUCAUUGAACCAAUUAAUAAUUAUAGUGUACCAAAUUACUACAUGAAUAAUUUUCAAAAAGGUUUAAAUUUGGUGAAAAAGAUAAACAAUACAUACUUUAAGCUGUUGAUGGAUAUCUUUCAUUUGCAACAUUGUUGUGGUAAUAUUACAAAAUCCAUUCAAGAUUUUUUACCUUAUAUAGGUCAUAUUCAAAUAGCUCAAGUUCCUGAUAGACACGAACCAGAUACUCCAGGAGAGAUUGAUUAUAAAUAUGUCUUGUUUUUAUUGGAAACAAUUGGCUACAAUGGCUAUAUUGGUCUGGAGUAUCGACCAAAAUCAUUAACUGUGGAAGGAUUAAAUUGGUUUAAAAAAUAUGGUUACACUUUGUAAAUGGAUAUUCAUAUAUGCAUAUGUUACAUAUAUAAAUAUAUAAAUUGUUUCAUUAUUUUUUUAAACAACAAAAUAUAUUUUUAUAUUGUUAUGUGUGUAUAUGUAAAAUAAAAAAUUAACAUUUACUAUAGUUUUGCAUAAACAUAUUCAUAAACAUGUUAUAUUGUCAAACAAAUAGAUUUUUAGCAGUAAUUAGUAAAUAAUUUUCAUAAGUCUGUUAUUAAUAUAAAAAUUUUUGCAUGUUAAUAGAAAUGUGUAAGAAAUAUAAUUAACAUACCUAAGUAAAUAUCGUUGUUACACAAUUUGCAUGUAUAACUUUUAGUUUUCAGUAAUUAAAACAUACAUAAGAUUGAGUACCCA